CUAUCCUCAAAAGGGAAAGACGGACCGAAAGCGGAGCCAGCGUCUUUUCCCGCUUGGCUGGCAACGUUUGCGGCGGAAUUUCCCAGCUCUGCAGCCGCGGGGUGCAGGAAAGUGAAUGGCGAUCGGGGCUCGGCGGCGGCGCAACAUGAUUCAGGAAUUCUGUUUUCUCUCCAGCUUCGUGGCAGCUAUUGCCACCCAAAGUUUGGAUGGAACACCAUCCUGUCCAAGAGCAUCUAUCCAAGGCGGGGACAUCUCUCUCUCCGACGGAUAUCGUCCAGGAAGUAUCCUCAAUUUUGUCUGCCCAGCUGGCACUUACCCCUAUCCCACACCCAGCCGGGUCUGCCAGUCGGAUGGCAAAUGGACACCAAUGCAUCACCCUAGUGGGAAGCCAACCAACGUGGCACGUUGCAGAGAUAUACGCUGCCCAGGCCAGCACAACUUUGAAAAUGGGUUUUUCAUCCCACGGCGAACUUUCCACCCCAUUGGAGACAUCCUGAGUUUUCAGUGUUCUGAAGGGUACCAGCUCCUCGGCUCGUCCCAGCGAUACUGCCAGCCCAACGGCCUAUGGAAUGGGACCUCUCCUGUUUGUGAUGAUGGAGUCGGGCACUGCCUCGCUCUUGCUGUGCCCCCGGGGGCCAUUGCUACAGGAAAAGGCAACCGUCUGGGUGAUCGGAUCUCAUUCGAAUGUCAAGCCAGCUUAGACUUGAUUGGAUCAUCCCAACGGGUCUGCAUGCUGGACGGCGAAUGGUCUGAUACGCAGCCAAGUUGUAGAGCCAGUUAUUCUUAUGACCGAGCUGAAGAUGUUAAAGCUGAGUUUGGAGCCUCGUUGACGGAUGUUCUGAGUGAAGUAUCCACCUUUGAGUUGGACCCAACUGGAACAAUUCAAACUCCCUCUUUAGGCCGAAGAAUUAUACUGACCAAAGAUAGCUUCCUCUAUGUUUACUUCCUGUUGGAUGCUUCCCACAGCGUGACAGAACCUAACUUUUCUAUCUUUAAAGAUGCUGUAAGCGAAAUCAUCAUCAAGAUUUCUAGCUUUGAAGUUCCGGUCAAGUUCUCAGUCAUAUCUUAUGCCAGCCAGCCCAAGACAAUUGUUGACAUUGGUGCUGAUGCUGCUGAAGAUCCGGAUAUGGUGCUUGAGGCGAUGGAAAAUAAUAUGAAUUACAAAGAUCACGGCAAUUCAACCGGCACCAACAUUUACGCGGCGCUUCAUGCAGUUUAUGAGAUGAUGAUUAACGAAGAACAAUUUUCAAAAGAUCAAUGGGGCAAAGCCCGCCAUGCUAUCAUUCUGCUUACGGAUGGAAAAUCCAAUCUUGGAGGUUCUCCCAAAAGGGCAGUAAGCCAGAUAGAAGAUCUGCUGAAUGUGAGAGAAAACCGAAAAGAUUAUCUUGAUAUCUAUGUUUUUGGCAUUGGGAACCUCGAAGUUGAGUUGAGUGCCAUGAAUGAGAUUGCAUCGAAAAAGCCAGGGGAAAGGCAUGUCUUUGUGAUGAAAAAUCCACAGGAACUGAAGAGCGCUUUUGAAGAUCUGUUGGAUCCUAGAGAUUUGGAGGCCAUUUGUGGUUUGUCAAACUACUCGGAGAACGCAAGGUGGGAUCAGAAGAACCCUUGGCAUGUACAUCUCCAAAACACACGUCAUAGGGAUACUACUUGCCGAGGUGCCUUGAUUUCCAACACCUGGGUUCUAACAGCGGCUCACUGCUUCAACCACUUGAAAGACAUCUCUAAUUGGAUCGUGGUUCUGGGAGGAGAAAUCAGGCUACAGAUAAAGAGGCGGAUUGACCACGAAUUAUACAACAUUCGAGCCAAAAAGGCGGAGGGCAUCCAAGAAUUCUAUGACUACGAUAUCUCCCUCAUUGAACUGGAGAAACCUGUGACUUUCGGAGGAAGAAUCAGACCGAUCUGCCUCCCUUGCACCGAAGGGGCCAGCAGAGCCUUGAAGAAAAAGCCCGGAACAACAACAUGCAGAGAUCAUGAACUGGAGCUACUGAGUUUUGAGAAGGUGCCUGCCGAGUUCAUUUCCUUGGAAAACAAGAGAAUGAAUGUACAGAUCAAGACCAAAGCAAGUCGUCCCAUGUGUGCUUCUGGAGCUCUUCAGAAGAUAUAUGCCAACGUGUCCAAUGUCGGCGAAGUGGUGACCGACAGGUUCCUGUGCAGUGGAGAAGAUAUGUCGUUGGAAGCCUACACUUGCAAAGGUGAAUCUGGAGGAUCACUCUUUGUUGAAAGGAGACAAAGACAUUUUCAGGUGGGUGUGAUCAGCUGGGGCACGUACGAUCCAUGUGCACGGCAUAAUAAAAAUGUUGAUGGGGAGGUGAUACGAGAUCGGCCAAGCAAAGAAUCCAAACCACGAGACUUCUACAUCAGUCUAUUUCAAGUGCAGGAUUGGUUAAGAAAAUAUCUGGACAACUCCUUGACAUUCAUUCCCAUGCAAGCAGACGGAGAAAGAGAGGCAGGAAUGCAGAAGGUUCAUCCACUCAUUUACAUCGCCAUUGUCCUUGUGGCACUUGGCACAGAUGUGGUGGAUGCUCAGUGUGAUGUGACGAAGGCAAAUGAAAUUAAAGGAGGCAAAACAGUAGCACUUCAGAACAACACAGUGCUUAAGUAUAUAUGCCCAGAUGGCCAAUACCCAUACCCUACUGAGUACCGGACAUGCGAAUGGAAUAAAUCCUGGAGCACUAUGAAAAAUAAAAAUAAGAGGGUCAUCGACCAGGCCAUCUGCCAAGCUAUUCGUUGCCCCAGAGUUACAGAAUUUGAAAAUGGUUACUAUGAGCCACCACAGCCAUAUUACAAUAUAAACCAGAACAUCACAUUUACUUGCUACGCGGGAUACAGCAUGAAGGGGCCUGAAGUCCGCACCUGCCUUCCCAAUGGGAAAUGGAGUGGAAAAAUAACCAUUUGUGAUGAUGGAACUGGCCAUUGCCUUAACCCGGGGAUCCCAAUUGGUGGCCGAAAAGAAGGAAACCAAUAUCGAAUAGAAUAUAGUGUCCGCUACACUUGUGAGAAUGGUCUUACUCUUUUUGGAUCCAGUGAACGGAUUUGCCAAGAAUCAGGAAGCUGGAGUGGAUCAGAACCAGAGUGUCGAUACCCAUAUAGUUUUGACACCCCAGAAGAAGUUGCCAACAAUUUCAUUUCAUCUUUGACUGAAACUGCUGAAGCGGCAGAUGCCAAUAGAAAUAUCUCCUCUACACAGAAGCGAAAAAUUGUCAUUAAGAAAGGAGGCACAAUGAACAUCUACUUUCUCCUCGAUGCCUCAAAAAGUAUUACUGCAGCGAAUCUCAACAGUACAAAGAAUGUUACAAUCAAGUUGAUUGAGAAGAUCUCCAGCUAUGACGUCUCCCCCAAUUAUGCCAUCAUCACUUUUGCCACAAACAGCAAAGAAGUUUUGACCACAAUGGAUCCACGCAGCACUGAUUCAGCCUGGGUGAUUGAGCAACUACAAAAUAUUCAAGUUUCUGAGCAUAAGAUAAAGUCAGGAACCAACAUCAAGAAAGCCUUGACAACUGCCUAUGAAAUGAUGAUUAGCCAGGAAGCUGAGGAGAAGAAUCGUGGAUUAAAUCCUGCUCCUAUUGUCAAUUCCACACGCCAUGUGAUCAUCCUCCUGACUGAUGGUCGCUUCAACAUGGGUGGGGAUCCAAUGCCUACCAUGAAAAGUAUUAAGGAAUUCCUUAAGAUUAAGGAAUCUGGCUCCAAUUCUCGCAACCAAUUCUUAGAUGUUUAUGUCUUUGCUGUUGGAGAUGAAAUCAACAGGGGAGUCUUAAAUGAUUUGGCAUCGAAGAAACCUGGUGAAAAGCAUUUCUUCGUAAUGAAGAACAUAACCAACCUGCAAGCGUCCUUUGAUUCAAUGAUUGAUGAGAGCGAAGUUUUGUCUAUGUGUGGCUUGGCAAAAGAACACCUGAAAGAUCAGCAGAAUAAUCCCUGGAAUACCAAGAUCGCCAUCACGCGUUCUGGUGGCGCAGGGUUUGGCCACUGCAAAGGAACCCUCGUUUCUGAGUAUUUUAUCUUGACAGCAGCUCACUGUUUCACUAUCGAUGAUACGGCCGACCACAUCAAAGUCACAAUUGGAGACAACAAGCAACCGUAUCCUGUGGCUAACAUUUACCUCCACCCACAAUACAAUGUCGGAAAGCUGAAAAAUCGUGGAAUCCCUGAAUUCUAUGAUUAUGAUGUCGCCCUGAUAAAACUUGGCAAAAAAGUUGAAUUCAGUUUCAGUGCCAGGCCAAUUUGUUUACCGUGUACACAAGGAACAACCCGAGCUCUGAGGAAACCCCUUGCAACAACCACUUGCCAGGACCAUGAAAAUGAGCUGCUACCUGUGGGAAACAUUCGUUCUUUUUUUGUAAGUGACUGUAAGUACCAACACGAAAGCAUUGGACUAGUUCGCAGACCUGUUCAAAUCAAGAAUAGUGACAAGAAAAUGGCCUGUGAACAAGAUGCACGGAAUGCCAAAUUCUACAAAAACAUUACCAAUAUCAAAGAUGUGGUGACUGAUAACUUUCUCUGCACGGGGGGACAGGAUCCUGUGCUGGACCCCAAUACAUGCAAAGGUGAUUCUGGCGGUCCUCUCAUUAUUCAGAAAAAGUUGCGUUAUAUUCAGGUUGGCGUGAUUAGCUGGGGUGUGGUUGAUGUCUGCGGUCACCAUGGUACAACAUGUGAGGCACCCAACAAAUUGAAGAAGCGUACCUCCUAUUCCAGGGAUUUUCACAUCAACCUCUUCAAAGUUAUUCCAUGGCUCAAAGAACAGCUGGCUGAUGAGGGAUUGGAGUUCAUCUAGAGAAGUUCUCUUCCCAGCCCGUUCGGAUGCUCUGUGUAAAUAGAAAUCGUUCCCAGUAAAGUCUGUGUUAACAAUGGCUCUCCAAUGUAACUGUAUAGACAAAACAAUAAAUGUGAUAUGUGUUGUCUUUUGCUUA